GAAGGAAGUAAGAGUUUGUCGAGUGCGUACGAAACAGCUGUGCAUUUGCACAGUCACACCUCUUACUGUAAUUCCGCUUGGAUGGCAGCAGCUAGAGGGUAUCAGAUCUGCUCGACAUCUCACAUUGGAGACACUUGGAUCUUGGACCGAAGAUGGAAAUUGUGUCCUCGUCAAUUAGAGCUUAGCAGUAGCAGAUGUGGAUCGUUUGUGCCACUGCGUAAACAUCUUUCAGUUUCCCGUGUUGACUCGAAGUUCAAUCCUCGUGACGGGAGUCGAUUCUUUGGGAUAAAAGUCCACCUUGAAGAAGAAUCCGAAACUUCCGAAGAUAGCGACCAGGCGAAUGCAAAAGUUGAAGUCAGUAAAGCCACAAAACAACCACCUUCUCGAAUUUCGGAUUGGGAUCUAUCAUGGCUACCCGUGCUCCCACAUGUUGUGACUGCAGCUAUGGCAAAUUUCUUGUUCGGCUACCACAUUGGAAUUAUCAAUGGUCCUCUGGUAUCGAUCGCCAAGGAGUUGAAAUUCGAGGGGAACACGUUGCUCGAGGGUUUUGUUGUCAGUAUAUUUAUUGUGGGGGCCUUUGUUGGGAGCAUUAGUGGGGGGGUGCUCUCAGACGCAGUCGGUCGCAGGAGAACCUUUCAAAUAUGUGCAAUCCCUCUGGUUCUAGGGGCCGCUUUGAGUGCGUCUGCCGGUUCUGUCGAUGCUGUUAUUCUAGGCCGUCUUCUGGUCGGAAUUGGUAUCGGAGUCAACACAGCGCUAGUCCCACUCUACAUCUCGGAGAUUGCGCCGACAAAGUAUAGAGGAGCAUUGGGAAGUCUCUGCCAAAUUGGAACCUGCACGGGACUUAUAGCAGCAUUGAUCUUCGGCAUUCCUGCUGAAACUGAUCCACAUUGGUGGCGCACAAUGUUUUGGGUGGCGACUCUUCCUGGUCUUCUGCUUAUCGUUGGGAUGCAAUACGCGGUUGAGAGUCCACGAUGGCUUGGCAAUGUUGGGAAGUGGGAUGAUGCUAGCUCCACCAUCGAGAAACUCUGGGGCAAGGAAAAUGUCGAGGAGGCAAUCAAGGAGUUAAGGAAUGCCAACAUUAAUAAAGAGGAAGAAGCGUCAUGGUCUGAGCUCCUCACGAAGCGCUACUUCAAAGUUGCCAGUAUUGGUGGAGCUCUGUUUGCAUUACAACAGUUUGCCGGGAUCAAUGGCGUUCUUUACUUCUCCUCAUCAAAUUUUCAAGAUGCGGGAAUCACAAACAGCAUAGCGGCAAGUGCAGCUGUGGGUUUUUCAAAUCUGGCAGGUGCUUUUGUUGCUUCUUCGUUGAUGGAUUCUCAGGGCAGGCGAAAGUUGCUUAUGGGAAGCUAUACGGGCAUGGCCUUGUCUAUAGCACUCAUGGUGUCAGCUCUUAAUAUCCCAAUGGAGGAGCAGCUCUCCCACACAUUCUCGGUUGUCGGCAAUCUUACGUACGUAUUCACCUUUGCAUUGGGGGCGGGUCCAGUGACAGCGCUGAUCAUCCCAGAGAUGUGCAGCACAAGGAUCCGAGCCAAAGCCUUGGCAGUCAGCCUCUGUGUACACUGGGUUUGCAAUUUUGCCAUUGGGCUUCUGUUUCUUGAGUUUGUACAACGAUUCGGCCUCUCUGCUGUGUACACGAGCUUCGGCGUUGUUUCACUUUUGUCAGUCCUCUUCACAAACCUGUACAUUAUCGAAACGAAGGGACGAUCCUUAGAGGAAAUUGAAAAAAUACUCCUAGGCUCCGAAAGCGGUUUGAAUUAGUGCUCUAUCGCCUCCUGUGUAACCUAAUGUGAAUAUAUUAACGGAGUGGCUAGUUAUCCCUCAGUUUAGGUUAUUUAUCCGGCACUCUACAGACGAGAGUGACCGGGAAGGAGGGAGAGUAGGGUUUGAAAAUUCCCCGAGGGUUCAAGUUGGCAUUUGUAAACCUCGCGUUCACGACGAUUGGGGAGAAUCUGGCCAAAAUGGUGCCCUUGCCAUUGCAGGCUUCUCCCAUUGUAUGUAUGGAGGGGACUCGGGAGCAAUUGGCCACGAGACUGCUAAAUG